AUGGAAGUCAAACGAACUGGGCUUUGUCGUCCGGCAAGUGAGCAACAACACCAAGGAGGAGAUCGAUCGACGGAUAAAGAUGUUUUUCCUGUUGAAUCUGCUGAGAAAUUUGAAUGUGCCAUUUGCCUGCAUCCUUGUGAAUAUCCUGUUCAGCUCCCUUGCAAACACAUUUUUUGUUUCCUGUGCAUGAAAGGCUCUGCCAAACAGAAUCAACGAUGCGCUCUCUGCCGAAAGGAAAUCCCAGACAGCUGCUUCUUCAAUCCACCAUUGUUGAAUGAAGAUGACCUUGAGAAAACGGUAACAUUUGACAAAAACUACCAGUGGUUCUAUGAGGGUCGAAAUGGUUGGUGGCAGUACGAUGACAGAACCAGUCAAGAAAUGGAGCAGAGAUACAAGAACAACGAAACAAGCUUUGAUUUGCUCAUUGCGGGCUACCUCUACACAAUAGAUUUUGAGAAGAAAAUUCAAUACCGACAAGAUAAUCCUAUGAAGAGACGCCAAAUCAAAAGAGAUUUUGUUAAUAUUCCAGAGAAGAAAGGUAUUGCUGGGAUUAAGUUUAACCAAUCGUCAUUGGGGCGGCCUGGUCCCUUAGGUGGUGAAAUAUCAACCCCACCACUGGCUCGACUUGAUUCUGCUAUCUGUGAUGACACUGUUAUGUCCCCUCCUGCUCCAAAUAACACUCCCCAAAGUCCGGCCAACAGCCCUUUACACUCAACUUUCUCCUCUGAACAGGACUUGUCUCUUCACUUUGAAAACCUUCAACUUAGUGGGGAUUCACAUACAACAUAA